AUGACUAAGUAGCGUUGCCGCAUUCCUGAACCCCUCGAAACGGUGCUCUUGCGCAGAUCAGAGGCUGCCAGUGCGCCGCACCACCUUCCGAUAGAUUUGAGCAGCCCCCAGAUCAAUCGCAAGGGCGAUUAUCACAUCCGCGGUGUUUAGUGACUUGCCUGACGAGUCGCUCAGCGAGCAGUCAUCCAGCCCUCUUGCUUUCCGGGCCAACUCCAGCAUUGCAAGAGGAGGAGAGGACGCAACAAUCUCGAACGCCGACGCGUGACAACUCUGGCACUCCGCCUCUCUACCUUCUCGCGUCACGAUGUCGGAUUUCAGGUGGAACUCACUCUCCGUCUCGCCUGAUGGUCACACCUUCGACAGCGCGAUGAUCCUCGGCGUCAACGACCCAAUGAAUUCGUUUGUCAACAUGGACGAUCAAGGCCAGUUCGCCACAGACGGCCUCGUGCAGGCCAAGUCACUCGACGACUACAGUGCUCUGCCUCCUGCGUUGCGUACCAAGUCAAGCGGCGUCGAUCCGAGCGGUUUGGGAUCAGUACUCGCCAUGGCGGGCUAUGGCUCUGCCAACGUGUCCUCUCCCGAGAACGAUUCAUCCGCAUCUUCGACUGGCGAUGCCCACCUGUCCAAUGCAUCCUCACCUCAGGACUAUCAGGCCUUGACGCAGGAACACUACUCACUCACGCCCAAUCUCGUCCAGCCCCAGCGCAAGUCAUCCACUGGCCUUGCUUACACCGGCGGCCCCUCACCUGCCAGAUCUAGUUCGUAUUUCUCCACUUCAUCCUCGGCAGAUUCGCCGAACGCCCCAGUUGGCAGACCUUCGGCCUCGCCUCAUUCACCCUACGACAUUCCAGUUGCGCAGCCUGCACUGAAUCGCAGCGCUCGCGCCUCUCUAACACAGCAAGAUAAGCCAGCAAGGCCAGCUCCUCAGCACGAAAAGCGCAAAGUGUCAGAUUCACUGAACGAGUCUGGGAAUCUGUCUCGAUCUGGCUCGGGCCGGCAAAGCGCUCGUGUCGGGGAAGCUCCUGCAAAAACGACUGCGCUCAAGGAUCGCCGUUCGAGCACACGAGCUCACAGUCCUCCCCGUCACACGCACGAUCAAGGCGACUCUGACGGCGAAUCGCCCGCACAUGAUAAGAAGUCCACUUCUGAGCGCAGGAAGGAGCAGAACCGGCAGGCGCAGCGCAACUUCAGAGAGCGUCGAGAGCGUCAGGUCAAGGAACUGGAGGACAAAGUGGCUGCACUCGAAGAGUCGAAAGAAGGCACAGCGACCGAGAACCAGCAGCUGCGAGAUCUCGUGAACAAUUUGCGCGAAGAGAACGAACGCCUCAAGGUGUACGAGUCUGCCUUCACAUUCUCGGUACCGGCCAAUGCCGGCUCGGCGGCUUUGGGGUCAAGUGAAUCCCCUCUUUCGCGUUCUGUUGGCGACAGCGCAUCUUCGAUAUCGCCCUCGUUCGACCGUGCCGUGACGACUCAGCCAGCUGUCGCUCCUGUCUUCGACCUCGGCUCGGCAUCGUCAGGCUCAGCAGGACCAUCUCGCUCGACAUCAGGCGAUCCACAGCCUGACAUCUUCUCGAGCGCCUAUCUGCCAUUUGCAUCCGCAAGCAAUAUGUCCUUUGCAUCAGUUUCUGAGAAGGUCAACGCAGGCAAGUCGAAUUCGCCUUUGGCGACACCAUCGAUUGACGAUCUUCUCAAUGAAUCAGUCUUGUCGCCAAACGGCACGUCCGUCAAUUUCAAGUCUGGCUGGUCCCAGACUGCACAACCACCGGCAUUCGACGGCGCUGCUUUCAACUCUUGGCGAGACGCGCCUGCAGACGAAGAGAACAAGCCGGCAGGCGAGCUGGAUACCAACGGCAGCGCGUUCGAUGACUUGCUAGCUUCGAUGGGCAUGCCCGCGCCUGGCGAGCCUUCGACAUCUCUAUCACCGCUCUCUGAAACGAGCGCUCAACAGGCUUCUGUGACCGCGUCAGAUCUCGGCGCUGUGACGAAUGACGAUAUUGACGGCCUCUGCGCUGAUAUGAGAGCCAAAGCGACUUGCAAAGUCUACGCGGCGAUGAUGCAAGCCAAAGGCCAAGUCUUCCCGCCCGAAGGCUGUACGCAAGAGCAAAAAGAAGCCUGGAUGAGAAGCUUGCGGGACAAUCCGAACGUCUGGUCUGAUCUGACGGGCGGUCCGAUGUGAUGAAUACUCGCUCGCGUUUAUACAUAUUGCUUUACUGUACUG